AUGAGCACAACAAUAGAUUCAAAACCAUCACACAGCAUAUCUACUUCACAAACAACAACGGAUUGUGCGCAAACUUCGAUUUAUCGGACAAAGUUUAUUGAGCAACAAAACUUAGAAAACUUUCAGAUCGUUUGGCUUGAUGCUAAUAUCAAUAAAACAGAUGAUAAUUCCCAAACAAUAGCUCGAUUACGUGCUACUAUUAAUUAUCUAAAUAUAUUUGAUAAUGUUGAUGACUGUUAUGACUACAUAGCCAGUGUUGAAAAUGAAAAAUUAUUUUUAAUUGUAUCAGGUUCAAUUGGUCAAAAUAUAGUACCAUAUACUCAUCAAAUGCCACAAAUUCAAUUUAUUUAUAUAUACUGUUUUGACAUCGAAAAACAUGAACAAUGGGCAAUGAAUUAUGACAUAGUGCGUGGUACAUAUACUAAUAUGAACGAUAUUUGUGAGCAAUUAAGUAAAGAUGUUGCCACAAGUUCGCAUCAAUUCUUAUCCAUGAAUAUUCUUUCUACAAACAUAAAAGAAAAAGAAAUAAAUAAACAAGAAGCUUCAUUUAUGUACUUUCAAUUGUUAACUGAAAUCUUAAUCGGAAUGGAACAUGAAGAUGAUGCAAAAACAAAUAUGAUUAAUCACUGUCGAUUACAAUAUAUUGGAAAUGAAAUCGAUUUAAAACAUAUCGAUGAAUUUGAUAAGACUUACAAUCCAAAUAAAGCCAUAUGGUGGUACACAAGCCAUUGCUUUUUAUUUGAAAUAUUGAAUAAAGCACUUCGAAUUCAAGACAUUGAUAUUCUAUUUAAAUAUCGUUUCUUCUUAACUGAUCUUCAUAAUCAAAUAAAACAAUUACAUUCAGAGUUUGUUCAAUCAUUUCCAACAGGAAACAACGACAAUGAACAAAAACAACUGACUGUAUAUCGCGGCCAAGGCAUAAACGUAGAUGAGCUUGAAAAACUAAAGAAUAAUCUUGGAGGGCUCUUAUCAUUCAACUGCUUUCUAUCCACAAGUACCAAUCCAAAAGUAGCACUCAUGUUCGUCCCAAAUCAAUCGGAUAUUCAAUCUGUUCUUUUUGAAAUAAAUGCUGACCUUCGUAAAGACACAAAACCAUUCAGCAUCAUUACACAAAUAAGCAAGUAG